AUGGCUGAUAGCGUAAACGAUUUCAUUGCAGGUUGGAUUGGAGGUGCAGCAGGAAUCAUUGUCGGAAGUCCACUCGAUGUUCUCAAGGCACGCUUACAAGCACCUAUCAGAACCCAUAGUCAAUUAUCCAUUGGGUCGGAACCAGCCAGCCGAAUGGGAUCAUGGCAGACAUUGAGAAACAUGGUGCAAACUGAGGGGCUGGGCUCCAUGUUCAAAGGUGUGUUAUCGCCUGUAGUUGGAUUAGCGGGCCUCAAUGCCCUGCUAUUUGUUUCGUAUGGAUCCAUUAUUCGAUACUUUGAGCGCCAAUACACAACAUCCCCAGUAGACAAUGGGCCAUUUGAGCCUUCCUUAUGGCAAGUGUACUUGGCAGGAGCUGGCGCCGGUGUCGCUUGCUUCUUUUUUUCCACACCAACAGAUUUAGUCAAAAUUCAGGCACAAAUGACCAAGAUACCAAAGACCACAGUGGAAGUAGCCAAGGAGAUUUAUGCAAGAAACGGAUUAAGAGGUUUUUAUCAAGGUGGUGUUAUUACCAUGAUUCGAGAUGCACCUAGCUACGGUAUUUACUUUUGGGCAUAUGAGAGUAUGAAACGAGUAUUGCAAGUAAAUCCGGGAGGUGAUGCAUGGAAACUCCUGUUGGCAGGAGGCGUAGCGGGUACCGUCUCAUGGGCAUCCAUCUAUCCUAUCGACGUUGUCAAAUCACGACUACAGAUGCAACACAAGCAACACAAUGAAAAUACAAGAAUUUUGCUAGAUCGUCCCUAUGCAUCGAUCAAAGACUGUGUUGUGCGGUCCUACAAGGCAGAAGGAGCGGGUGUCUUCUUUAGAGGGCUGUGGCCGACCUUGAUAAGAGGAUUUCCAGUCAAUGCAGUGACAUUUUAUGUUUAUGAGCUUGUCAUGGUUUUGCUCAAAUAG